AUGCCUAAAAAACGCCGGGAAUUAAAAUAUAUUAUCAAAACAACAUUACCUACACUUUUACAUAUAAAUAAUCAUUCGAAAAGGAAGGUUGGGAACAUUGGUGAAAACAUGUUGGCAAUAGAGUCCGGCUUUCCAGAAGGAUGGUUUUACAUAAAAUCUAAAACAAAUGAUCAUGUGCUUGAGCCACAUUGUCUUUCUGUAAAUGCGGGUGCAAGAAUUGUUGCAAACAAGCAGAGAUUUGGUUUCGAUGCGGAUAGCCAGCUUUGGAACUAUGAUAAUGGAUAUAUUGUGAAUAAAGCUUCUGGAAAAGUAUUAGAUAUACAAGGAGGUUAUAUUCGAACAUUUCAUAGAACGUAUUUAUGCCAAUGGGAUCGUAAACCAUCAACUGAAGCAUCGAAUCAAAAUUGGACUUUCUUACCAGGAGGUUUUAUUUCUCCUGCGUUUCAUGAAGGUUUCGUGUUGCAUCUACGCGGUCAUUUUGGUAGAUCGAAUAUUGAGGGCACUCAAAUUUUAAUUCAUCAAGCAAAAGAUGAUGAUCAUCAUAAGCAAACUUGGUAUUUCGAGCCCGAACAAAAUCAACCAAAGAUCCUUUCGCCUCCGAUUCCUAAAGAAUGUCCUGAUUAUUUUUUUUAG